AUGUGGUCUUCAUCCCACACGCAGCGGCUGCCCAUCGGCUCCCCGCCCUUCCACCUUCCCUUCCUCAACAACCUGCACGCCCACCUUCUUUCCGCUGCCCCCCAGCCCACAACGGCGCUCGACUACAUCAUCUGGGUGGCCCUCCCGCACGCCUUCUCUUUUCCGCAGGCGUACCUCUUGACGGCCCCGCGCGCCGACAAGCCAUGGAACCGCGCCGCGCGCUUCGUCCUCGGCGUCCUCGGCGUCGCGGCCGUGAUCAACAGCCUCCUGUCAUACCGCCUACAUGACCCCAAGUCCCAGAUGCUCAACUACCUCAAAACCUUUGCCGACAUCUUUGUCGUCUUCACCUAUGUCGAGGGCGCGCUCCUCAAGCACACAGUCGUGGACCCAUACACCCAGCGAAGGGCGUACGACCGGCCCCGAUCGCACCUGGGCGCGACGAUCAACUUCUUGCUCGAGAAGCGCUUCAUCGGCUUUGGCUCAAUUGGCAUCGACCAGACGUCUGGACGACCAAACUCGGGCCGCGGGCCCAAGGUCGUCUGGUCAGCUGGUCGCAGCCCGCGCAGCCGUCGUGGUCGCGGCCGCGGCGGACGCAAGAGCUCCCCGCCAUCGUCCGUGUCCAACAUUGAGGCCGUGCUCGCCAACGGCCAGAUCACGCCGCCCCGCACACCUGUCGAGUCGGAGAUCGAGGUCCCCCGACACCUCCAGCACCUCGUCCGCGUGCCGAUCAUCCGCAGGCAUGCGCGCUACCGCAACACGGCGAUCCUCCGCCACGCCCUCCUGACAGCAGGGAACUUUGCGUCCCUCGGCAUUAUUCUCGGCCUCGCGAGGCAGUACAACGGCCCGAUCCUGUCCUGGACAGACAUUGGCGGCAUCCUCCCCGGUGCGACGCUCAACUCUGCGCUCGUCGCCAACUUGAUCGUCUCGGUCGCCCUCCUCGUCGCUCAGAUUGCGGCGCUCCCCGCGGCAGCCGUCGUCCUCCUCUCCACCUUCUACCACCUCGCUGCGCUUGUCACAAUCGGAACUGGCACGCUCGAGACGGAGAGCUGGGACAUUGACCUGUUUGGCAAGCCCUGGGCGCCGACGAGUGUACUCGAUUUCUGGGGUCGCCAGUGGCACCAGGUGUUGCGCCACCAGUUUGUUUCCAUCGCAUGCCUCGUCCUCGGCCUCUUUGGCCCUAUUCUCGCACCAUUCCCCGAUGUAAGCGAUGACCUGGCCCCGACUGCCACGCUCUCGCUCGUCUUCACAUCCUUUGUCGUCUCGGGCGCACUGCACGCCAUCGCCAGCGUCACGUCGUACCCUCCGCCCGAGCCAUCAAAGCUGCUCCUCGCGCUCACGCUGAAUGGUGCUGCCGCGGUGCUCGAGAUCCACUUCAAGCGCGUGACGGGCAAGAAGAUCGGCGGCCUGCUUGGCCGGCUAUGGGCUGCCGCCGUGCUCCUGUCCGCGGGCAAGCUCAUGGCGGACGCGUAUGUCGCGGUCGACUGGGCCAACCAGUAUCUAUGGGAGCUGGCGUAUCCUGUCGGUGGAGCUACCGACGUCGUCGCACGGACCGUGCUUGACGCCCUCGGCGCCGCCGCGGGAAGGUUUACGACUGUUGCGUGA